AUGCUCACGCGCAAUUACACAACGCCAGAGGGCCCCCGCUCGCACGAGCUCCUCCAACUGCAGCAGCACCAGCAGCGCGCAUCCGAGGACCUCCACCACCUGUCGCAGCUCCUCUGCGCCCGACAGCCCGUAAGCUUCCACGGUGCCUCGAUCCACCUCCAGCUGGACGACUGCUUUGGCUCCUUCCCGGGGGACGAUCUACCUGUCUCGUGCCCGACGACGCCGACCCUCGCCGCGGCGCCAGUCACCACCUCGCCGCCUCCCUCACCGCCGCCGGUCCUCCAACGUCGGCGCCUGGCAGCCCGAUCGCCCGGUCGCAACCCCCCACGCCCAGGUCGUCGCCAUCGUCUGCCGCCCGGUCCAUCGAAGCCCCGCGCCGGAGUCGCAUCCGCGGCUGCCGCCCCUGCCACCGCCUCGGCUGCCCUUUCCCCGUGCCCCAGCGUGUCUGCGCAUGUUGACGUCGCCGCCACCGCCGCCGCCGACAGUCCUCACUGCCUGCCUCGGGCCCCUUGCUCGCCGCCCUCACAGCCGACACCGGCUGCCGCAUCCCUCGGCAAGCCCAAGCGGUCCCAGCCCCUGUCCACUUCACCCUCAGAGCCCCUUCGUCCGGUCGUCGCCACGCCGGCCAUCGCCCCGGACCUGAACAAGCGCUUCAAAAGCACGGCCUUGUUCUUUGCUUCUCGAGUCCCCGGACCAAUCUCGCCAGGGUCCCUCUUGCGCUCACGCCGCGGCGGCAUCCGCACCAUUCGCACCAGCAACACCGCCAGCCGACACAGCAGCGCCAUGUCGCCGGAGUGCUCUCCCCGGCGCGGGUCGACCGACGGCGGCUGGGCCUACCCGUCGGGGGCGGCCGCGCCACCAUCGGCCACGCCUUCGGCCGGGCCCGGCGCCGGCAUGGCCGCCCAAGCCAGCUCGCCUGGGCCGUCACUCGUCCGGGCCGCCCCGCCGCCACCGCUCCUGAUUACCCCCAACUCGGGGGUCGAGGCGCCGGAUGCCCCGGGGCUCGGGGCGGAGUCGCAGCACCUGCUCCAGGCCCACGCCCAGCACCUGGGCCAGGGCCCGGGCCCCGGCGGCCCCGGCGCCCUCCGUGGCUGGCGCCAGCCCGUGGGCCCGGGGGGGUUCUGCGCCCCCGGCACCGAUGGCACCCAGCCGCCGGGAGCCGGCGCCCCGGCGCCCACCCUGGCCGCCUUGCACCUGGGUGGCACCAACUUCCCCUCCUUUUCGGCCCUGGCCUCGCCGAUCGACGCCAGCAUCACCCCGGCCGCCACGCCCACUGCCCAGUCGGCCUCGACCCCGCAGCUGGGGGCCCUGUCCGGCACAAGUCGCCGGUCCAGCCUGGCCAUUGGGGCCGGGCCCCAUGGUGGUGGGGUCGGCCUCAGCACCCCGGGCGAUCCGCUGGUGGCAGCGGCGGCCGCUGCUGCCGCCGCGGCCGCCGGGGCCUCGACCACCGUUGCCGGCACCGCCUGCGUCUCGCCGUCGCCCUCGCUGACAGCCAGCGACAGUGGCGAGCUGCUGGCCAUCGGCCAGCAUCAUCAUCAUCCCCAUGCCCACCCCCACGGCCACCAGCACCAUCACGCCCUCCUGGCGCCGGCGCCGCAGCACCAGCAGCAGCACCAGCAAUCGCAGUCGCAAUCGUACGCCGUGCCCAAUGGCGGGUACUUCGGGCCCGGCUUGGUGGCCGCCACCACGCCGACGUCCAUGCAUGCAGCCACCGGCAGCGGGCACCUGGGGCACUGCCUCGGCGCCGCGGCCGGGGUGGCCGCCGGCAGCGGCAGCUCGGACUCCAUGCUGCACCUGAUCGACAACUUCCACAGCACGGCCCAGGCCCAGGCCCAGGCCCAGGCCCAGGCCCAGCAGCGUCACAUCCAGGCACUGCUACUGCAGCAGGCCCAGCAGCAGGCCCAGCAGCCGUUGACGCCACUGCUGCCCCCGUCGGCCGGGGGGGUGGCCCCCACGGCGGCCGCCCUCGCUCCGCCCCAGCCCACCGGGCCGACCUUUGUCCUGGAGGAUGUGUCCACCUGCGCCGCCGCGCUGGAGGAAGUGCGUGCCCUGCGGCAGCAGCAGCAGCAGCACUUCUCCGGCAAGACCGCCGGGCCGGUGUCGCCCCGGGCCGGCGGCGCGCCGAAGCUGGCCCCGGAGCUAUGGCUGCAUGUUUUCGGCUUCCUGGACCCGAGCACCCUGGCGUGCUACUGUGCCUCGGUGUCGCGUGCCUGGCGGGUGUUGGUGUUUCGGUGUGUGCGCGAGCGCGAGCCGGCCCACCACGAGGCCUGCAUGCUGGCCUAUGCCCACGCGACGCCGGUCAGCCUGGAGCACGUGUGCCGGCAGAUUGACGCUCGGCUGCGGCUGACCUACCCGGUGCCGGACUUCAGCGGUGGGCUGAUGCAUGCGGCGGCCGGGCGCGUGAGCGGCGUGUUGCCGGCUAGCCCGCGGCCGGGUGCCCCGGGCGGGGCGCCGGGCACCGGGCCGCAGGCCGGUCGCCCGGCCCCCGGCGGCCAGGCCGUCAGCCCCAAUGACGGGGCCGCCUCCCUGGCGCGCAUUGUGGCCACCAGCAGCCCAGGCGGCCGGCCGGGUGGCGGAUUGCCGUCGUCGUCGUCGUCGUCGUCGUCGGCCGCGGCCGCGGCCGUUGUGCCUGCGUCGGCCGGGCGGACGCUGUCCACGGCGGCCCCGUCGCAGCCGCAGCCGCAGCCGCAGCCCGCCGGCGAUGGCACGCACACGGCCGGCAGCGAUGACGAUGCCACCAUGGCCGACUCGCCGAACUCGCCGCUGCUCAGUGUCACCACUUCCCUCGGAUCGGGGGAUGACUCCUUCCGUCGGAGCGUGGCCGUGCGCCUGGCCGGUGGCGGCCGGCACGAGGCCCCCGGGUCGCCUGGGGCCGACCCGCACGCCGGCACGGCCCCCGGCGCCGGGACCACCAGCCCCUCGGGCGGCCAGCCGGCCGGCGGCAGCAACACCGCCUCCUCGCUGCUGAAUGGCUUCUUCCGGCGGAGCUCGGCCGCGGCCCCGGCGCAACCGGCCGCCGAUCCGGCCGCCACGACGGCCACCGGCGCUUCGGCCAGCCGGCCGGCCGGGUCCGUCUCGGCCCUCGGGGGCGGGGUGCCCGUCACCCCGUCCGGGUCGGUCCCGAGCGCGGCGGCCUCCUUCUCGGCGGCCUCGACCCCGGUGGCCAGCUUCUUCCCGGACUCGCUGGCAUCGCUCUUCGGCCAAACCCCGACCACACCGACCACCGGGCCGAUGGCGGCGGGCAGUAGUGUGGCGCAGAACGCCCCGCCGGGCUCCGGCCCGGCCGUGGCCGCCGCCGCCGCCGCUGCCGCCGCCGCCGCCACCCCCACCAGCCCCUCGUCCAAUGUCACCCUCCCGGUGGUGGUCAUCGGAGAGAAGGGCCGGGGCAAGUCCACGGUCCUGGCGCACUGGGUGCAGCACCACUGCCGGCUGACGGCCAACACCAUCGUCCUGUACCACUCGCUGGCGGCCUCGGCCUCGGCCGCCGACCCGAUUGCCAUGAUCUACCGGCUCAUGACGCAGCUCCGCGCCUAUGGCCAGGUGGAGGAGGACGUCCCGGCCAGCUGGAUGCAGAUGGUCCAGAAGUUCCCCCAGUGGCUGCAGGAGGUCGGCAGCCGGCGCAUGGUGGUCGUCGUGGUGGAUGGCCUGGACCUGAUCGAGACCAAGGCCGACUCCGAGCUGGACCUCUCCUGGCUGCCGACCUUCAUCCCGCCCAAUGUCAAGAUGAUCUACUCGGUUUGCUCCUCGGCCCGGGAGAUCACCGCCGAGCUGAUCGACCGCCGCCAGUGGCAGCCCUAUCGCCUGGUGGAGCUGACCCUCUCCGAGCGGCAGAACAUCAUCGACCGCCUGACUCGGCGGUAUGCCAAGAUCUCGCCGCAGGCGGCCCUCGCCGUGCGCGGCCUUGGCCCAGAGCAGCGUGAAAAGAUCGCCACCUCGCCCAUGGCCCACAACCCUCUGUACCUGACGGUGCUGCUGCAGUACCUCGUCCGCCUGCGCACCCGGCUGAGCAUGGAUGAGCGCAUCAACUUCUACACCAGCGCCCGGAGCACUCCCGAGCUUUAUGACCGGGUACUUGAGGCCCUGGAGAUGGACUUCAACACGCCGCCCACCCUGGUCCAUGAUUUCCUCACCUGCCUGGCCUCCUCCCGGCAGGGUCUCUCCGAGAAGGAGGUCGAGGAGAUCCUCAACCUGGACCCGCCCUCCUGGCACGACUUCUUCCGCGCGCUGGCCCCAUCUCUGCUGGUCCGCUGCGGGCUGGUGUCCUACUUCCAUGAAGGCCUGCGCGAUGCGGCCCGGCGCCGGUACCUCAGCACCGAGGAGGCGCAGAAGCGUGCCUAUGACAAGCUCAUCGACUACUUCACAUCCAAGAUGAAUGGCGGGUCGGUGCCGGCCCCUGGGGCCGGUGUCGGGGCCCCCGGCGGCCCCAACGGGGACUUCCUCGACGCCGCUGGCGAUUCCACCGACGACGACAUGGACACCGAUGAGCAGCAGCAGCAGCAGCGGCAGAAUGCUGGCAAUGGCAUGGCCGACGUGGCCACCGGGCCGCAGGAUGUGGACACCGAGGAUGAGCUGAGCCCGGAGCUGCGCCAGCGCCGGCGGGCCGAAAUGGCUGGCCGGCGGGCCGAUGCCGGCGCCCGCGGGGCGAGCUCCUCCCGCGCCGGCACGUCGGCACCCGGCGCCCAUGCCGAGGACGCCGACAUGCGCGACGCGCGGUCCUUCGACAAUUCCCUGCUGGCCGAGGCCACGCGCGUGGUGGCCGGUCCGGCUCACGUCAGCCGGAGCAUCGGCCGCGUGGGCCUGGUUCCCACCUCGCGGGCCUCCUCCACCGGGGAGGGGGCCAGUGCUGCCGGGCGCCGGGGGCUGGCCAGCGCCAGCGCCACCACCGGCUCCGGCAGCGGGCCCAACGAGUCCACCUCGUCGGGGGCCUCCUCCACCGGCGCCGGCAGCCCGGCCAGCCCGCGGCUCAGUCUGGUCAUCCCGUCCACCGGCCGGCCGGGAGCACCGGGCGGGCAGGCCGCCCGCACGGCCACCGGCGCGGCCGCUGCCGCCGCCGCCGCCGCCGCCACCACCACCACCACCACCACCACCACCACCACCGAUGUGGACAUGGUGUCUCCGGAUGAGCCGGACGCCCCGCCGCCGCUGCAAGCGCCGGAUCCUAUUCUGGCGCACGCGGCGCACACCGGGACCGAUGGUGUGACGCAGCGCGUGGUCGACGAGCUCCCCUGGCUGCUGGAGCGCACCCGCGACAAGCCCCGGCUCAAGAGCUGCAUCGCCAACAUCCGCAUGUUCGACAAGCUGCUCCACAAGUCCGAGGUCCACCAGUGCUUGAGAGAGUAA